AUGAAGAACAUGAAGCAGAAAUGGACUUCAGCUCGGGCAGAGGAAAGACAAACAGGCAAUGGAGGCCCUGUCCGUCGUCCUAACCAUUUUUGCAUCAUGAAAGACUACUGGGGCGAUGCGACGGGCAUGAACAACAGACCUCAUCUCAGCACCGAAGACACGGACACUAUUGCAGCUGCACGAGAAGCCAGCGGAGCGACAUCACUGCCCUCAUCCCCCGAUUCCCGUUCAAGACGUACCGUUGCCAAAGGAUUUAGUGAGAGGAUGGAAGCACUUGCAAAAGGACUAGCCCAAGUGCGAGACGAUUGUGGUGAAGGGCUUACUGCAGCUGUGGGAAAACAGACAAACGCACUACAGGAGCAGGGUGAUCGCGCUAAUGCCCAAUCCGAUCAACUUGUAUUUCAAAUGCAAACUCUGAAUGAACAGCUUAGAGUGCAAAACGAAUACAUUCGAGAGCUGCUGCAGUUUAUUCGUCACGAGUACCAAGCAACCGACAGUAACUGCUAG